AUGAAUCACCUCGGUUUUUCACACAAGAACUCCAUUCUUCCAAACCACUACACUUUCCCUUUCACUCUCAAGGCCUUCUCUGGUCUCUGCGACCUCAAACAAGGGCAGUGCGUCCAUCCCCAGAUCAUAAAAAUGGGUCAUUUAGUUGAUAUUUAUGUUCAAAACUCUUUAUUGAAUGUGUACACGUUGGGUGGGAAUAUGGACUUGUGCCGGAAAGUGUUUGAUGAAAUGCCUCAGAGAGAUGUGGUCUCAUGGACUAUUAUGAUUACCGGGUAUCGAGAAGCUGGGAAGUUUGAUGAUGCCGUGGUUGCUUUUGAGAAGAUGGAAUAUGCUGGUGUGGUGCCGAAUCAAGUGACUAUGGCGAAUGCUUUGUCCGUGUGCUCGAGUUUUGGGGCCAUUGACAUGGGUAUUUGGAUACAUGGUUUUAUAAAGAGGAGGGGCUCAGUACUGGAUGUGAUUUUGGGAACUUCUUUGAUUGAUAUGUAUGAAAAAUGUGGGAGAAUUGAAGUGGGUUUGGCUGUUUUCCAAAGCAUGAAAGAAAAGAAUGUCUUUACAUGGAAUGCCCUUAUUAGCAAAGAGUGGGCAGGAGGUGGUUUGGUGGUUUUCUCGAAUGGUGCAAGAACGGGUUAA